GGAAACCCGUUCCCAGCACGCAUCGCUCUGAAAAUCAGGAUCUGGGUUACAUGUGUCACAAAGGCAGCUGAGCCCGUUGUUGAAACUAGGGAAGAAGGCGUUCGUGUUUCCCGAUGACUCUGCUCUCGGCUUCUGGAAGGUGUUUGUUGUCUUGCAGAAGUGGCUGGUGAAGUCCAGCCACCGAACCUUUUGAAGAAGAAGCAAGAUGGAGCUUUUCCAUAUGGGAAGCUUCAUCACCUGCUUCCUCUUCACAUGCUCUGGUGCAGCCUCCAUGUUUGGAGAAAUCGUCUCUCCAAACUAUCCUCAGGCCUAUCCCAACGAUGCUCUGGAAUCCUGGGAAAUCAACGUCCCCCUCGGCUUCGGCAUCCGCCUCUACUUCACCCACCUGGACAUAGAGCCAUCCCGAAACUGCGAGUAUGACUCUGUGAAGGUCCUGACUGGGGAUCACAUCGAAGGCCAGCUGUGUGGGCGGAAGAAGAGCCCUACGCCUGGCUCACAAAUCCUGAAGGAAUUCUAUGUGCCCCACAAUUCGCUGACCGUGACUUUUCAGUCUGACUUUUCCAAUGAAGAGCGAUUCACUGGGUUUGCGGCUUACUAUGUUGCAGUGGAUGUGAAUGAGUGCACAGAGUUCGUGGAGACAGCCUGCAGCCAUUACUGCAAUAACUACAUUGGUGGAUACUAUUGUUCAUGCCCUCCAGCAUAUUUCUUGCAUGAAGACCAGAAGACGUGUGGAGUGAAUUGCAGUGGGAACAUGUUCACUGAGCCGACUGGGGAAAUCGCCAGCCCCAACUACCCCAGCUCAUAUCCUGAGAAUUCGCACUGUGAUUACCAUGUGGUGUUGGAGCCGGGAUAUCGUGUGGUCCUGACCAUCAAGAACAAGGACUUUGACAUAGAGCCUGCUGACUCGGAAGGAAACUGUCCUGAUGCCUUAACAGUUUCCACGGGAGAUCAGCGUUUCGGCCCCUUCUGCGGCAGCACAUACGCAGGCCCUUCGGAAAUCAAGGCUCAAAGCAACAGCCUCGACAUUUUUUUCCACACAGACGAGUCCACGCAAGGCAAAGGCUGGACAUUCUACUACUUUGGAGACCCAAUACCCUGUCCACAGACUGUUACCCCAAACUCUGUUCAGGAUCCCAGACGAGACCGUUAUGUCUUCACGGAUUCUGUGAAGGUGAUCUGCAACGAAGGCUAUGAGAUUGUGCGGCCAGAAGGCAGCUUCACCUCCUUCUACUCUAGCUGUCAAAGCAAUGGAGAGUGGAGAGAUUCUCACCUCAGGUGUGAACCUGUAGAAUGUGGGGUGCCUGAUGACGUUGAAAAUGCAGAUAUCCAUUACGUAACAGGACCUGACCUGACUCAGUAUCAAGCCCAAAUCCGCUAUCAGUGCCAUGAGUAUUAUGCACCAAAGAACAAAGGAAGUGGGAUUUAUCAGUGUUCUGCCAAUGGGCAGUGGGUGGAUGAAAAUGAGAAAACAGAACUUCCUGUUUGCAUCCCAGUCUGUGGAGUUCCUCGUACCCCCAUCGGAAGCGCAGGAAGGAUUUUUGGAGGCACAAAGGCUGAUCAGGGAAACUUCCCUUGGCAAAUCUUCUUUGAAAACCCUCGAGCUAGCGGGGCUCUGAUUUCUGAACGCUGGGUGCUGACUGCCGCUCAUGUGCUGGAGGGAAACCAGAUCCCGACCAUGUACGCAGGGCUGCUCUCAGUUGGCCCACAGACGUUGCAGGCUGUCCAGCCACUCCUUGUGGACGAGGUAUUCAUGCACCCUGGGUGGGAAGAAGCUGCAGGAGAAACCCGGACGGACUUUGAUAAUGACAUUGCUCUGGUGAGGCUGAGGGAACCUGUGAAGAUGGGUCCCACCAUCUCAACGAUCUGCUUACCGGGCGCAUCCCCAGAGUAUGAUCCUCCAGAGCAGAAACUGGGCUACAUAGCUGGCUGGGGCAGGACAGCAGAUAGAAGGAGAUCCGUUGUGCUAAUGAAAGCUCACAUCCCAGUGGUGAACAUGGAUCGGUGCCGAAGCGUGAAGCCGGAGUCCUCUCUGGGCUCCUCAGCCUACAGAUUUACAGACAAUAUGAUUUGUGCCGGGGAUGGCCAAAGUGACAGCUGCAAUGGGGACAGUGGUGGAGCCUAUGCCCUUCCUGAUCCCCAUGAAGACACGCGCUAUUAUGUUGGAGGCCUUGUUUCUUGGGGACCAAAAUGUGGCACUUACGGCCUUUACACUAAGGUGGUCAACUACAUGGAGUGGAUCGCAGAGGUCAUGAGCCGGCAACCAGAAGAAGAAGAAUAGACCAGGCCAUACCGGUGCACUGCCUUAGUAUCCGAUGGCACCCACUGACUCUCUUGGCAUUGCGCUCAGGCCAUAGGGCUAAUGUGAGCUAAGAAAGUUUGGAGCCAAGGUCCACAGCAUUGCAAAUGGCAAGUGCCUGCUUUCCUCUGCCAGCUCCUAAGAGCAUCUGUUUUUUAAAAACACGUAUCUGCUUUUGUUCUUUUUAGUGGUUUCAUUUAUUUUGUCUUUGGAAAUUCCCAUCUAUCACCUACAGAACUGCCUGAGGAAAGGAAUAUUAAUUCAAUUUUCUUUAUUACACAGUCAACUGAUCUCUUUCAAUAAUACAGUACAAUCAUUAAAAUAAUUUGCUUGUCGUAUUUGAA